CAGCCUCUCUCGGUCUCUUUAAAUUCGGACACAACAAGCCAGGCUGUCCAGUUGCCGGUAUCGGGUUCUCCUGGGGGAAGGGAAGGUGCUUCCAUCGUAUUUAAAGCCACCGAGUGUCCGGCGAUUUUGGACUCACUUUGCCGGAGAGGUGGGUGCGAGAAGAGGAUCAAAGCCAACCAAGAGUCACAGGCUUGGAGAGUGGUGCUUUCAGGGGGCAGAACAGGCUCAUUGCCUCCGGUGGGCCACUCUCUUCCUCCCCAGCGAUGGCUUCGCAACUGGAGAGCGCUAUGGACACCCUGAUUUCCGUCUUCCACAGCUAUUCCGGCAAGGAAGGGGAUAAGUACAAGCUGAGCAAAAAGGAGUUGAAGGACCUGCUGCAGAAUGAGCUCGGAUGUUUCCUCGAGACCCAGAAGGACACGGAGGCGGUGGACAAAGUCAUGCACGACUUGGACGAGAACGGCGACGGCGAAGUCGAUUUCCAGGAGUUCGUGGUCCUGGUGGCGGCCCUGACCGUGGCUUGCAACAACUUCUUCUGGGAGAACACCUGAGCUGCUCGAAUGAGGCCAAGGAAGCCGUCCCUGCUGCUGAUGCUGCUUUGCUGAGCUCAGAGUCCCUCUCCUGCCGUCUUCUCCCAGGCCUCCCCUUCCUAAGUCUUGUGCUUUUCCCUCCAUCUUGGAGGGAAAAGAGCACCCCUCGGUGCCAUGUGUUACUAUACUGAGACAGCACUGCUUAUUAAAGCCAUCCAUCUUGCUAA